UUCCUUUCGUCUUGGUGAUUUGGCGUGGUGAAAGCUAAGUAUUACCAAUGUUUAUGCUGCGAUUCAAUCGGAAACCGUUGAACAAUUUGCCCUAAAACAAUAAAGGCAGACUUAAAUUGCGUAAACGAAAUUUUACGACCACGUGAUUUAUUUCCGGUCUUUCUUAGAAUUAUAAAACAACAACAUGUAUAUCAAAUUAAUCAUCGUCAAGGCCAAAGGGUUUUUUGAAAGCGUCGUACAUUUCAGUUUGCUCUGCGUAUGGCAGUUUGCAGUAAUUGUGAACAAUGACGGAUAACCAAGAAGAAACGCAAGGGCAAGCAAGGAAGGAGGUCAUUCAAGCAAAACUUCUCCGGGAUGUUAUCGACGUACUAAAAGGCAACCGGGAAGCUUUGUGUGACCUACCAGAAAUGCUUGAACAAUUAAUUGAGAUGCCUGAAACGAUUCCCAGAGUGGAAAAGGCAAAAGACACGUUGGGUGAAUGCAGAAGUGAAGAAGACAAGGUGAUACUCGCACGGAGGGAGAAAGAAGACUUGGAUAAAAGAGUCAAAUUUCUAUUAAAAGAUAACGAUGUAAAAGCAGAAAGGAUUAUAACAUUGGAGAAAACUAUCGAAGAGCACAAGGCAGAAAUAUUAGCUCUAAGAAACACUCAAAGUGCAAGCAUGUCCAAGGAUGAGAGAUUGUUGGAGAAAGACAAGAAUCUGCAAAAGUUGACUAAUACACUUCAGGAUAGGCACGUUAUAUAUUAUUAUUUCAGGGUGACAGGAUGUCUCUUAGGAAAUAUAAUCUAUUUGUGUUCAAUUUGCCCGCACAUUACUAUCCUACAGUCGACCUUCGAUAUCUCGAACUCUCGCUAACUUGAAGCUCGCGCUAACUCGAACCAAAAUCGAUUUCCUCAGAAUUUCCGUUACACAUUUAUUGUAAUCUUACCCUCGGUAAAUCGAACCUCCCGCUAACUCGAAGCAAUUUGCGUUUCACUUCAGGUCAUUUUCUAUACGAUUUUGCAAUGCCCAUUACGCUGGAAUUAUGUUUUUCGAUACGUCAAAAACCCCCCAAACAAUCAGCGCUGUAGUCCAAAACACUGAAAAUUUUUGUCGAAAUAGUAAAACGUGUAGCAGUAGCCUAACGUUAUUCUCUUUGAAACCAGCAAAGUUCGCGGCAUCUAGACCUGCUGCUUUGCUUUGAUUUGUCCCGUUUCGUGUUACGUCUCGUUGUGAUUUAUACAGUCAUUUAGCAAUGUACUGAGCCAGUAUCUAGAUCUGCUGCUUUGUUUGAUUUGUCCCGUUUCGUGUUACGUCUCGUUGUGAUUUAUACAGUCAUUUAGCAAUGUACUGAGCCAGUAUCUAGAUCUGCUGCUUUGUUUGAUUUGUCCCGUUUCGUGUUACGUCUCGUUGUGAUUUAUACAGUCAUUUAGCGAUGUACUGAGCCAUUUUCACAGGACAUCUUAACCCUCGGACGUACAGCUAGCUAGUACCCCACCGUGGUACAAGGGGGGGGGGGGGGAGGGAAGGUGGAUGGAGCCCCCCUCUGGAUUUUCGUUCCGUUAAGGCAGAGCGAAAUAAAUUUACAUUGAUUAGAUAGCCUUGAGCCUGCUCAACAAGAUGAUACCAUUUUUGUUGGUUAUGACGUCAUAUGACGUCACUUGACCCGCCAUCUUGAGUCCGCCAUCUUGGAUUUUACCAUUUGCUUAAAAAGUCGAGAAAUAACGAAAAUCAAGCCACAAUGCUUAUGAAAUUUACAAAUUCAAGAAUUUCUGCAAUUUGACGGAGAAAAAUGGAAAAAACUACAGAAUUAUCUCAAAAAAAGUCGAUUUUUGGCCAGACCUACAUGAAAUUUGAUGGUUACCAUGGCAACGUCAAAGAUGAUUGACACACAAUUGACCUAUCCAAAUUUCCACAGAGAAUGAAGGAACAACUGCUGAAAGUGUCAGCCCCAUAGAGUACAUUGUCUUUUCAAAACUUUGGAUUUGUUUGUAUUUAUUUUUGUUUUUCUUUUGCGAUUGCCCGUUCCGAAGUUU